AUGGCGCACUCUUCAACAGCUUCGUCAUCAACCGCAGCCGAUGCAAAGCCUAAGGUGCAGAUCGUAGGCGAAGUAUCACCAGCACCCACUCUAUCAUCCAAAGAUCGCCCUUCCGCUGGCGGCGACAAUUCAGAUUCGGAUUCGGACGACGACCGCCACAAUGCCAACGAAGACAAUGAAGAAGAUCCGCAAACAGAAGACGAAGCAGGCCCAUCCUCCGCCACAAACGAAACCGAACCCGCCAACAAUGGCAUUACCCGUGGCAUCGUGCAGUAUGGUUCUGUUCGAGUUGAUCACACUGGUGCACCUCAACAACCUGAACCACCAACCGAAGAAAUCCCCGACGACUCUGAACUCCUAACCCACUACCCAGACACCGAAGAAGUGCUCGAUCUCGGUCAUCUUCGUCUCACAACAACAAAGAAUUUGGGUCUACAACGAUUUGCUCCCCAUCUCAAACGACUUUGUCUUCGUCAAAACCUUCUCACUAAAAUUCGAUCCAAAGACAUUGGGCUUCUGACAGAGCUAGAGGCUCUGGAUUUGUACGACAACAGUCUCGAGAAAGUUUCGGGCUUGGACGAACUAAAGAAGUUAGAAUCGUUGGAUCUAUCGUUCAACAACAUCCAUCACAUUUCGAACGUAUCGCAUCUGGGGCAGUGUAAAGAGCUGUUUUUUGUUCAGAAUAAGAUCUCUCGUGUUCGACCAGAUGACCUAGAUGGAGCGAUCGCAGGGUCGUUACAGAGUCUAGAGCUGGGUGGGAACAGGUUACGAGCGAUAGAGAACAUCGGUCAUCUUGCGAACCUAACGAAACUUUGGUUGGGAAAGAACAAGAUCAUCUCUCUCCACGGUCUUUCUUCUCUCACAAACCUCAAAGUGCUCUCCAUCCAGAGCAAUAGGAUCACCAAACUCGAAGGCCUGGAGCAGCUGGUGAACCUGGAAGAGCUAUACAUUUCCCACAACGGUCUAACCAAGCUCGAAGGCUUAGAGAGGAAUACAAAGUUGACGGUGUUGGAUGUGGGUGGGAACAUGAUUGAGAAGGUUGAGAAUGUUAGGCAUUUGGAGAAGAUGGAAGAGUUUUGGGCAAAUGAUAAUAAGAUUGCGGAUAUUAAUGGGUUGGAUCAGGAGUUAGGAGAGGGGAGGAUGCCGCGGUUGGAAACGGUUUAUUUGGAGGGGAACCCGGGGAUGAGAAAGGAAGGUGCGGCUUAUAGGAGGAAGGUCAUGUUGAUGUUACCUCAGGUUAGGCAGAUUGAUGCAACUUUUGUGCGAUGA